ACCCCGCUUUCCUGGCCCCAGCAUAUCUUGAUGUCUUGGUACUCCCGAUGAACCGCUUUCAGAUUCUUCGCUCAAUCCUUCAUAACAUCACUUACAGAGUUUUGGGAUUUUGGAUCUGAUGAUUCUCUUGUCUUAGUUGCAACAGCAAGUAAUUUCUUGGGACUUUUUGUGCCCUAUAUUAUGUUUUUCUAGUUCAUUUUUGGAAGUUAAUUUCUGGAUCUAAAAGGUCGUAUAUUUGCAGCUGAGAGGGACUAUCUUACGAAUUAUUGAGUUAAAAGUUGAAGCUUUGGUCUGGAAAACGAGACAAUCAAUGAGCUCAUCUGGGUUUUUCCUUCUCUGUAUGCUUCAUUCUUUGGUGGCCUUAAGCUGUGGAGCUUUGAUGAUGUUCUACAGCAAUGAUCUGCUUGUGUUUAGCCAUGGCAGAGAGCGUGCCAGCAAGCUUUUAGGAUCAACACCUCAUGAUCAGCUGAUAAUCCAAACAUCGGAUUCAUUUUCGGGAUUGCUCUUGUUUGCAAUCGGAUUUCUCUUGUUCAUGGUUGCAUUUGUAAGGGAUAGGGAUUUCCAUAGCUUCUUUGCUAAAGGGUGUGUGCUUCUCCAUGUAUCCAUGGCAGUUUGGAGAAUCUACUUUGAGAGGAAGGUAGAGGGCCUUGGCCGCGAUUGGCUGAGGCUGGUAGUUGGUGAUCUUGCCUUGGGUCUCUCUUGGAUUUUCUUCCUCGUGUACUCUUGGAGGGAGAAGUAUGAUUAAUCCAUCGGUCUCGGGUUUCCCUGAACCUGCAUUGCUCUCAAUGAAAUCCCCGCUGGCUGGAUCUUGUUUUCAACGUGCUUCUGAGGAUGAAAAAUUGUCAGCUGGUGAAUUCGACUUUAAUUGAUCGCGAUUUGAUUUCUUUGUGUGUAUCUUCACAUCCAAUAUGUUUGAGUUACAAGCAUGUGAAUAUGGAUAUGAAAGACAGGUUUAAAACCCAUUUUCAUCUAUUGCCUUCUGGACAUAGCAAUAAUUUCUGGAUAUACCCUCAGCCUUGAAGGGUCGUUUGCAGGAAAAAAUUCUCCUAUAUUCUUUAACAAGUGAAAGCCAUUUACUCUUCUUGUUUCCCUCCCAAAUUCUGAAGAACAUGUAUUCACCUAAUCCCCUUCAUGUACAUUUUUCCGGAUAAUAAAGUUUAUUUGGGUUU